UGCUCUCCUUUUUUCCCGCCUAAUUUGAACGCAAUGGGUUCACGGAAAAUCUGCAGUUUCGUCUCAGUUUUGGGAUCAUUUCGUCGUUCAUGCUACAAUAGUACUCGUAAAAACAUACUACUCGAUGAGAAUACUAAGUUAAUAUGUCAAGGAUUUACAGGGAAGCAAGGCACUUUCCACUCUCAACAAACCCUUGCUUACGGUACGAAACUUGUUGGUGGUGUUUCUCCUGGGAAAGGUGGAAGUGCACAUCUUGGAUUGCCGGUGUUUAAUACAGUCAAAGAGGCUAAGGAGGCUACAGGUGCAACUGCUACUGUUAUUUACGUACCACCGCCACAUGCUGCUGUGGCUAUUGUCGAAGCUAUUGAUGCACAGAUUCCUCUUAUCGUAUGUAUAACUGAAGGUAUCCCACAACAUGAUAUGAUACGUGUACGGAAACGUCUUGUUGAACAGUCUUCUUCCAGAUUAAUUGGACCAAAUUGUCCAGGAAUAAUAAAACCGGAUAUAUGCAAAAUUGGCAUAAUGCCUGCACAUAUUCACAAACCAGGCACUGUUGGCAUUGUCUCCAGAUCGGGAACACUAACCUAUGAAGCAGUCUUUCAAACUACACAGGUUGGCCUUGGCCAAUCUUUAUGCGUUGGAAUUGGUGGAGAUCCGUUCAAUGGAACAAAUUUUGUUGAUUGCCUUGAAGUAUUCUUAAAAGAUCCUAAUACAGAAUCAAUUAUUCUUCUUGGUGAAAUCGGUGGGGAAUCAGAAGAACAGGCUGCAGAUUACCUGAAACAACACAAUACGGGUCCAAAUAGUAAACCUGUUGUCUCUUUCAUUGCUGGAGUAACAGCACCACCUGGUCGUCGUAUGGGUCAUGCAGGAGCUAUCAUUUCUUUGGGUAAAGGAGGUGCUAAGGAAAAAAUGGCAGCUUUAGAAAGUGCAGGUGUAAUUGUCACUCCUUCUCCAGCUCAACUGGGUAAAACUCUUUUAGAGGCGAUAAAUGGUCGUUCACGUGCUAAAAGUAACUAAACAAUCUACAGUGAAGUUUACUCCAGAGCUGAUCAAAGAUGCUUAUAAGUUACUUACACAAUUAGUAUUAUUAUAACUGUUCUGUGUAUGCGAGCUCGCCAGUGCGAUCUUUUCUUCCGGAUAUAAUCAAAAUAUGUUGUUUUUUUUUAAAUUGGUUGUCCAACCAUUGACUUCAACAUUCUACUGUUUUUCAUCGCAUUCUUUUUUUUCUUGUGUCUUUCGAAUUAGUGUAUAUUCAUUCAUUGACUAAGUAAAUCGUUUAGUACUACAAUCAUCGGUAUAUGUGUGCUUGUCACCAGUAUCCCUGAUAUAGUGAGUGAGAGAAAAGACCAAACUAGUAUCUCGUUUACUUGAUUGUUUGCCUUGUCUCUCUCUCUCUUUCUCUGUACUUCACAGCCAUGUAACACCACUGUUUAUCUUCCUUUCUUGUAUAGGAUUUUAGUAUAUAAAGUACUUUAUAUACUUUUUUUCUGCUCCUUUGUGUAUCGCUUUUUUUUCUCUUAAAUCAGAAUGGUUAGUAUGUAUAUUUACACGUGUGUGUGUGAGAUAACGGAGUACAGUUGUUCCAUUGUCGUAGUAUUUAUUAAAGAAAAAACCUAGUGAUAAUCAAAAUAAUAACUGUUUUCUAUUUCUUCUUUGAAUGAGUUUUACUCAGUAGUGUAUAUGCGCAAUCACACUUAAUUGAAAUUCAAUUACCCUGGCAUUGAUUUUUCGGACUGAUGGACAACUCGUAGGUUUACCUAUAGGAGAACUGAAAACCCUGAUUCCAAUCUUAUGGGGGUUGUAUUGGCUGCAGAAUCUGGACAGACCGGUUAUGAUUACAGGGAACCAUGGGAAUGCUGCUGCACACUGCUCUGUGGAUCUGACUUUAAGUCCGUGGUUGUAAGGUUGGGUUGGGAGGAAGUGGGUCUUUUUAGGACAGUGACUUGCUUCGGUCUGAACUUCUGGGUGAUAGUACCCCUGCCCUCGAACAAA